GCAACGCCGUGUCAAGUCGCUGAGGUCGGAUUCGCGCACUUUUCCUUGCCAUUGCUCUGCUGCUGUAUCCUGUUUGCUUGUAGAUUGAUAUCUGAUUUCGAAGUCGACAACCAACUAGCGAAACCGUGUCGCACACGGGUUGCGCAUAUACCCCCCUCUCCUUCCGUUCGCCAUGUUCGCAUCCAGUGCUGGUGAGGGGAGCACUCCGACAACACCGCGUCCCGGCACCCCACUCAGUAGGCUUGAAGAGCGAGAUCCUGCGCUCACGUCCGACCCUAAGUAUCGGCGCUAUGCUCAGCAAGUCGACAAGUGCCUUGCUACAUUCGAGACGAUCAAUGAAUGGGCGGAUUUUAUCAGCUUUCUAACCAAGUUGCUGAAGACCUUUCAAUCUUUCAUGCAGUUCAAGGAGAUACCGAGAAAGCUCACUGUGGCGAAAAGACUUGCUCAGUGCUUGAAUCCGGCCCUUCCAAGUGGAGUGCAUCAGAGAGCAUUGGAUGUAUAUGCGCAUAUUUUGGCCGUGCUCGGGCAUGAUGGACUCGCACGAGAUCUCCAGAUAUGGUCCUCUGGGCUGUUCCCGUUCUUCCAGUCAGCUGCAACCUCCGUCAGGCCAACAUUGCUCAAUAUCUACGACACUCACUACCUGCCACUGCAAGGCAGGCUGCGACCGGUGAUGAAGGCGUUCAUUCUCGCUCUACUGCCUGGUUUGGAGGAGGAGACGAGCGAGUUUUUCGAUAAAGUUCUGAAUCUCCUCGAUCGACUGUCUGGCACCGUCUCCCCGGCAUUCUUUCUGCAAAACCUUUGGCUGGUGCUCCUGACGACGCCAAACGCUCGGUCGUCCGCAAUCAACUACCUGUCCCGUCGAUUACCCAAGCUCACGGCAGACGAGGACAUCACUCCAAUUGUAGGAAACGAUCUUGGUCUGAUGGUACGCGCAUUCGCUGCUUCCCUUGAGGACGACAACCUACUGGUGCGAAGAGGGAUCAUGGAUAUCCUCGUCCAGUCCCUGCCUGUGGACAGUCUCGCACUGAAGAAAUGUGCACCUGUGGAUCGGGUGAUGCUCAUGCGAGCUACAGUCAGCGUCGUUCUUCGGCGGGAUUUGUCCCUCAAUAGACGUCUCUACGCGUGGUUGCUCGGUCCCAGCGAGACGAGCGAGGCACAGGUGGCGUAUUUCUGUCGGGGUGCGCUCGGCUUGCUGGAGGAGACGCUCAAGAGUGACAUGCGCGACAGCGUGACCGGUGAACGGGAGACACGUCCAUACAAGAUUUUCAUAUCCCUUCUUGACAAAUCCGAAAUUGGGAUUCCCCUGACCGAACGCUUAUGCCUCGAUGCGCUCAGUGGACUUAAGAACGCAAUCGAGUCCGAUAAAGGGGAGGAUAGUGAUGUGCUUCUUACUGCAAACACCCUGUACGAGGCCAUGGAACCGUCGAUUGUAUGGGCACGGCUCUUUCAGGCUGCCAUGGAGGACGUUGGUGCCAAUCGGCAAGCCUGCCCAGCGAUCGAUAUGCUGCAGUUCAUACUGUCAACUUUCCACGUUCGGGAUGAGGAGAUCGAGCAGGUUCACCUCCCAUUGUUCUUCGCCGCCGCCGGUCAACUCGCAAGGAUACUUGCGGAGAGUGAAGAGCCAAACGAAUAUCUUGCCGUUACUAGGUCACUUCUCACGCUUGCUGCAGCGCUUUUAGACGAAAUGCCGAAAGAGACUCUGUUUGUUUGGCCAAAAACGACCAGCACACCCGCCAACAACGCCACGUCCGCCCUCUCGAAGGCAUACACAACAUACUCCUACGCUGGCAUGCCCGAGGCUAGGCCGUCGCUUAUAGCUUCGUCGCCUUUCAAAUCUGCAUUUCAGGAUCUCCUGUUCCUGAGCCAGAGUUACGCUGAGAAACUGGUGCAACAUCCAGGCAUGCGUGACAAUAUCGGCGCAGCCAUCUCGUUGCUCCAACAUAUGACCGAUAUCCUGCAGACCGACAGCUUGUCGAUUGAUUGGCAGCCGUCGCUUUGGUUCCAGGCGCUGUUUGAUGCUUUUGCUCAGUCUUCGACAUUCUAUCUCGUUGAUGGCCUGGUGACUUUAAGUGUUACCUUGGCCAAAUCCAAUAUUAUGCCAGAACUCGAACUCGACAGCCGCCCGUGCGUGGUGUCAAUUGUCACGCAGCUCCUUCAUUAUCUUGAGGUUCACCGAGCACCUUGUCAUACCCGGGCAUCUGAGCUUAUCUGGGCGGUCGAUUCUAUCGCUGGUCAUCAUCACGUAGAAGCUGUCAUCUGCCAAGGUCUGACUGCCGGAACGAUAGAGCAGAGGAGUGAGAUGUAUGAGGCGUUUGGGAUUCUAUGGCGACUGACCGAUGAUUCGCGCAUGCCGGGAUUCCGACUGAAAGCCCCAAUGCUGCUCGUUUUAGAUGGUCUCAAAAGUGAAGAUCCUCACUUCCGCCGCAUUGCAGAAACGUGGAUGCGCUGCAGUCUCAAAUCUUAUCAUCGCAUCCUCGAUCCUGUACUCCAUGAUCUUAUGGCUCCAGCAUACAGCGGAAUGCCCCGUGUCUUCUCUUAUCAAGGAGUCCAAGUUCAAGAAUUCGAAUACGAGCGUCUGACAGAUCAGACCAGAAUUCUUUAUCUCCUUGAGAACCUCUUGUCUUUGGUCAGAUUUGGUGGUCAAGGCUUCGGAAAGUCCGUGAAGACCAGCGCUUUACCUGGGUUUUUAGCCUCGGAGAGUAGUCAAGCCAGACGCAAAGCCACCAACUACCUUGAUCUUCUCAUCGAUGUCCUCACUCGGUUCUUGCAAAGUGAACCAUCUCCGCCACUCAAACGUGCCAUGACACCUACCAACACGCGCAUCCAGUCGACCGCAAUCGACAUUCUUCAACUAAUCGUAUCCAGAGGCGAGAUCGAGAAGGCAUCGCUUUUGUCGCUUCAGCAGAACGUGGUUUCGAAGCUGUACAGCUCGAUCCAUACGGCACGGCUGGACCUACAGAACAAGUUGCUCCACAUUUUGCACAGCAUUAUUCUGGCAACUGCGCCUCUUUUACGUGGAUCACCCAGCCCUUCGAAAGUAACGGAAACACCAAUUGAAGAUAAAGAUAAAGAUAAAGGACCGACAUCAGACAAGCUGUUAGCCCUUCUAAUCCAGACGUUGCUAGACGGUGUCUCGCGUGCCUCGAAUCGACCUAUUUUGCAGCAUUGGAUUGACUUCGUGUUAAUGACGAUACCUCAAUUCUUGGACUCGAUGCAGCUUCUGGUCGUGCCCCUUUGCCAAUGUGUGUCACAGCAGCUGCGAAACGCUCUCCAUGACAUACAUCGAGCGACGACGAAGGAUGUGAAAGGCAAAGGCAACCUAUCAACCACCACUAACGAUGCCGAAUUUGUGAUUCUACUUAAUGCUCUUGAGCGUCUAGUCUUGAUGAGUCUGUCUCGAGCGUCUGAUGUUCGUACAAGCGAAGACGAGGUUGGUGAGAGGACCGGUGAGGGUGGGGGCCUGCUUGGAUACGUCUCUGGCGUUUUUGGAGCCGAUUCGAGUGGCAGCAACUCAGACGAGUCUCUUUCGGCCCGCUCCCCAGGCUAUCGAAGCCUUCACGAUGCAGUUCGAGUUCUUUUCACAGCUUCCACUAUGCAAGUCUGGCAAGGCUCGGAAGAUCGCGCCACAUUCACUGCUCUUGACAGCGUCUAUAGCCGGACAAAAUCAAGAUCACGCAAAGUUUUAGAGAGACUUUGGAAAGCCCAGCCGACGGAGGUAUUCGAGUCGAUCAUUGAGCUUUGGCAUCGAGACACAGAGCCCACCCUUGGACGUGAUACUAUCAAUUCAAUUACCUUCGAGAUGGUGGACUCCCUCACAUCAAGUGCUCAGACGGUCGUCCAUAUGGUGUGCGAGAGCGCUCUGGCACGAACACCUGUGCAGGCAGAUCGACCUAAAAAAUAUGCGAUGAACCCUUAUCUGUCUGAUGCGACCUUGCUCGCCUUUCUGGAAGAGUAUUUCAGCAAAUUGGAAGGUCCUAUUGCCGUCCAAGUUUGGGCUCGUACUUUGUCUCUGGCGAAAGACGUGACAACGAAUAUGCAUGGCUAUCGUCAACAGGUAUUCCCUGUGUUGCGAUGCUUGACUGUUCUAGCGGAAAGGUUGGCACAGAGCACCGCCCUGGAUGAGAAAAGGAUGAGAAGAGAUUUCUUGGAUGUAUACGUGAAGCUUCUAGAUAACUGCGUUCUCAUAGCCGGUCGUUCCUUUGAACAGGGGAAUUGGAUGCGUCGAAGUACACUUAGUGUCGAUGGAUUGGGUAAAACCCAAUCGGAACUUUCUCUCGCUGAGAAGCCAGAUACUCCAUCUCCUCUGGACUCGGCUCGUUCAGUGUCAGGGAAUGAUUUUGUCAGCCAGAUCGAGCAGUUUCUUGCAAAGCGCAUCUUGCCAAAUCUUCGCCGUUUCCUUAACGAUCCAGACCGCAUUGGGGGAGUGUGUAGUAAUAUCGGCUACUAUUUAACUACGCCGGCCUUGAAGGCGAAGGCUGGGUCCCUGGAUGUGCCAGAUAUCACUCUCUUGCUUCUUACCGAAUUGUCCAAAAUUCCAGCCGCCGCAAAAGCCUGGAGACCUGCUGUUGGGGAGAUCUUUGCGGAUUCUCGUUUCUUCACAAGCAAGCCAGAAUCGGGUAUACGAUGGAAAGUCUUGAUAGGAUCGCUCAUGGAGUCAGAUAAGGACAGGCUUUUGGAGAUCAUUCGACAAGUGGGAUUGGCACCAUCCGCUACGAUUUUUACCAGCAAAGACAUGGAGUCGCUCCUGCGUUGCAUGACUAUUCGUCGGAUGACAUAUAUCCUCUUCUGUGGCGAACGAGAUCAAUUUCACAUGCAGCUCCCAGGCAUGCAAGAGAAAGUCGUUGAGAUUCUCAGGGGCAGCAAUAACCCACCAUCCGUGCAUGCUGAGAUCUAUUUAUGCAUGAGAGCCAUUCUCUGUCGGUUCUCCCCUAAUAAUAUCUCAACCUUCUGGCCGAUCAUAUUGGCUGAACUUGUUCGACUGUUUGAGGACGUCAUCCUUGAGCCACCAGCCGAUAACUCGGACGAUCUCGCUGUGCUUCUCGCCGCCUGCAAAUUCCUGGAUCUUCUUCUCGUAUUGCAAACAGAGGAGUUCCAGAUACAUCAAUGGAUGUUCGUCACGGAUACCGUCGAUGCCAUCUACCGGCCUGAUGGUUGGCAGCCACAGUCCCUCAUAGAUCAGUUAGCAGAAGUUGUGUGUAACCUGCCCGCACACAAGCGAGGCGUAAAUGGCAAAGACGACACAAAUGGAAAACGCAGCGGCACCACUUCCGAGCCUGUCUUUUCCGCCUCUCCCAUAUUCCGCAAGCCUAUGCUGCAAAAUAUUGAGAAGAUCGUGAGCAUCCGUGAUUUGCAACCAUUUUUCUCCCAUGUCAGUAUUGCAUCGUACGAGAGUGUAUACGCGAAUAGUGUUGUGGACUGGGAGAGCCUGGAGCGGGAUUUGGCAUGGGAAAUGUUCGAGGGUAGAUGAAAGGCAUGUAUGUUUGGGCAUAGAGUUUGCACCGUUCAUUGGGUAGCACGACUUGUUCACAGGGAUCUGUACAAUAACCUCAUUCAGCUAAUAC